GAAGAAAGAAAGAGGAGGAGGGGGUUGAGCUGGAGGGCAGGAUAAAGUCGAGCUGCAGGGACAGGGGAAGUCUUGUUGUUGUUGCAGAGGCUGCAGAGGGCAGAGAUCAGGGCAAUAUCCCACCCAUGGCUGUUCUACUAGAGGUCAUGUAAAGCCAGGCAGGAUUAGGCUGCACCUUCCUACUGACACCUCUUGUAACUUAAUUGUAGGUAACUGACCAGCGAGCAGAGGAAUGUCAGUCACGCCGCUUAUUGAAUAGGCCGCUGGGGGCGCUGUGAGUGAUGCGCGGGGAAAGUAAGUGCAAUUAGGGAAAGUGCAGGAGAAGCCUCAGCCCAGCGACCCUGUUGCAGUUUUGCGCAGCGGCCGUGCGCUUCCCUGGCUCAUGGGCUGCAAGUAGCGGACAGGGGUCGCCGGGGAAUGCUGCUGGAGGGACAGCGCCAAGUUGGACACGAUGAGCCUGGAGAAGAUCUUGCAGGCGGCCCGGCAGGGGGAUGUGGAGACACUGAGAAGCCUCAAUGCGCAGCGACACAUAGAGCCCGAUCUAACGGAUCCCAUGGGUUCCUCUGCGGUCCAUCAUGCCGCCCGAGGAGGGAAACUCCACUGCCUCCGUUACCUGCUGGAUGAGGCGCAACUGCUGGGAAAUAGCCGGGCCAGAAACGGGGCCACCCCGGCUCAUGAUGCUGCGGCCACCGGCAACUUGUCCUGCUUACAGUGGCUGCUCACACAGGGGGGAUGCGACUUUGAGGAUAAGGACAAUUCCGGUGCCACUAUUCUGCAUUUAGCAGCCAGGUUCGGCCACCAUGAAAUUACCAAUUGGUUAUUGCGCUUUGGGACCAAUGAUGCGAUGGUCCCGACAGACACUGGGGCACUACCUGUGCAUUAUGCAGCGGCCAAAGGAGAUCUACCUACAUUGCAGCAACUGUUAGAGUACUGCCCAAACGCUAUUAAUUCCCAGACGAAGAAUGGUGCCACACCCCUCUACCUAGCUUGUCAAGAGGGUCACUUGGAAGUCAUCCAGUAUUUGGUCCAGGACUGUGGAGCUGAUCCCCACAUGAGAUCCAACGAUGGGAUGACGCCCUUACAUGCAGCUGCCCAAAUGGGCCACAGCUCGGUCAUUGUUUGGUUGAUAAGCUUUACAGACAUCAGCCUCUCUGAUAAAGAUGGUGACGGAGCAACUGCCAUGCAUUUUGCUGCUAGCCGAGGCCAUGCCAAGGUUCUGAGCUGGCUCCUUCUCCAUGGAGGUGAAAUAUGCACGGAUAACUGGGGUGGAACCCCUCUACACGAUGCUGCAGAGAAUGGAGAGCUAGAGUGCUGCCAGAUCCUUGUGGUUAACGGAAUUAAAUUAGGAGUCCGAGAUCUUGAUGGAUACACAGCUGCAGAGCUCGCUGAAUAUAAUGGACACUUUCAUUGUGCGAAAUAUCUCAGGACUGUGGAAAAUAUGAGUGUGGAGCACAGAGUCCUAUCCCGGGAUCCUUCUGCAGAUAUGGAACUGAAGCAGCCGGAUUCUGGAAUGUCUUCUCCAAAUGCAACCAUGUCAACACAACCUGCCCAUUUUGAUAUGGGGUCUCCUUCUAGUACAUUGUCCAACUAUGACUCCUGCAACUCCAGCCAAUCCAGUGUGGGUGACAAAAAGAACCGGCAUGAAGGUCUUGGACCAAGACCCCCCGAAACUAUAAGUGAUAUGCAGACAUACAUGAACAUGCUAGAUCCAGCAGUGAACCGAAAGAAAGGCGAUAGCUCAGUAAUUCCUCCACCACCAACAUUUUCACCAACGUCACCCCCUGAUCCUGAUUCUAGACUGCCCCCACCUCCAUGCUAUCCAGCCCCGACCCCUCCAGAAGGACAGCAUUCAGCAGAAAUCUACGUCCAAGCUAAAAAUAAUCUCAGGCAUGUGGAGAAUGAGUUGCCUUCUCGUGAAAACAGUCCAGAGGGGCUUCGACGGGCUGAUUCUUGUAGAAAGUCAAGGAACUUCAAUAAACAGCCUAGUACUGGGGAUUAUUAUAAAUAUAUAGAGCAGAGCACAACGGAACCAUUACAGGUGAAAACGAUGGCACACAGUGAAGAGGGAUCUGUGAUUUCAAAUGAAACUGUGCAAAAUGGAAAUAUGUCUGGGAAUGUUCCACCUCCUCCUCUUCCACCACCUCUCCCAGAAAAUCUGUGUUUCCCACCACCUCCACCUCCAUUGCCAACAGAGUCUUCUGUCAUCUCGAGCUCCAGUCAUCGGCGCUCUUCCAAUUCAACCGGAAGUACAAGGUCAUUCAACAUGAUGUCCCCCGCUGGUGACAAUUCUGAGCUGUUGGCAGAAAUUAAAGCAGGAAUAAAUCUAAAACCAACUCCUCAAAGUAAAGGACUUACAACAGUCUUCUCUGGCAGUGGGCAGCAUGGCGCAAAUGCAGAGGUUCACAUUUCAACAACUCCACCACCCUCCUCACCUUCAACACCACCGAGCAAUGCAGUUACCAGUACAGUUUCCGUAUCCAGCACAGUAGGGCCCAAAUCUCCUGAACCUCUCGUAAAUGGAAACUCAUCCCCUCUGGCUCAGGCCCAGCCAAGCCAACUUGAUGUAGAGUCACUGAUACCAACACACGAUGAGCAGGGCAGGCCUAUUCCAGAAUGGAAGCGGCAAGUGAUGGUGAGGAAGCUACAACUAAAGAUACAGGAGGAAGAAGAGAAAAAACGCACGGAAGAAGAAGAAUCUGCCCGUUUAUCCGCCAUGCCAGCUUGGCGCAGGGAAAUCCUGAGGAAGAAGAUGGAGGAAGAAAAAGAACAGAAACGGAAAGAACAGGAGAAAUUAAAGAAAGAGGAGGAAGAGCGUGAAAAAGAACAAACAGAAAAGCUUAGAACUCUCGGUUAUGAUGAAACAAAGCUGGCACCUUGGCAGAGGCAAAUUAUCCUAAAGAAAGGGGACAUAGCAAAGCAUUAGUUGCAAUUUAUUUCUUACUUUCACCUUCUUGCUGUUCAGUCUCCGUUUCAAUGCACUGUUCAGUUGGAGGAUGUCAUGGUAACGUCUGUGCAAAACCUCACCCACGAUAUUAACAACUUUGGAGCUACAAAAAGAAAAUGAAUAUAUGGGGACAUUUGGGGCGUUUUUAAGCUUACGCGAUUUAGUCUGAAUUUUACCUAAAAAACGAACGAGUUUAAACAUUGCACUGUGGUUGACUCUGUGAUAAAAAGUUCCUUUCAUCAAAGUACUACAACAUCUCAUUUGAAAUAGCAAAAACCUUUUUAAAACUUGUGAAACUUCAGUGGCCAUCUUGUGCCACAU